AUGGAUGAAGCUCACACAGUUGUAGAGUUUCUACUUGAGGAUCUUGAAUUGAUGUUGGAAAAGGCUAGUUCCCCAUGUUCAAUGCCUGUCAAAGAAAAUCAAGUUAUGAUUUCUCUCUUUGAGAAUCUCAAAGUCAUAAAAUCCUUCCUGGAAAGAACAAGAGAAUCCCCCUUUGACCAAAGGCAACUCCACUUUUUCUUGGUUACAGAGAUUAGAGAAGUGCUCUUGAAGAUACUACAAUCCGUGGACCCUUAUGUAAUCAAUGCUCUCACGAAGAAUGGUGGAAUCUCUGGAAUGGAGACUGGUAGUUUGUUCAAGAGUUAUCCAGAGCUUGCUCUUCAAGCAAAACAGAUUGAAUUAUUCAAGAACGUGAUCUUGGAAAUUCCUCAUGAUGCCUUGAGGUCUUCCAUGGAAUCCAAUGAAGUGGCAGAAGUUUCAGGUGAAGUUUCAUCAAUAACCAAGAGCAGCAGUUCCAUUCAGUUGGAGGAAGACAACAUGGUAGGUUUUGAUGAUGAAGCAAUCACACUGCUGGACAGGCUUACAGGGGAUCAGAAACAACUGGAAGUGAUUUCCCUUGUUGGGAUAGCAGGAAUUGGCAAGACGACUUUGGCUAAAAGAUUGUACAAUGAUCCACGAGUUGUUUAUCACUUCCAUGUUCGCGGAUGGGCUUGUCUAGCAGAAGGACAGAAGGUAAAGAAUGUGCUUUAUAACCUAUUAAGUUCAAUUACCCUUGACAAAGCCUCUCUGCAUAAAAUGAAUAAUCAGGAUAUGGGAGAUAAAUUAUACGAGUAUUUAAAAGGAAAGAGAUACUUUAUUGUCCUUGAUGCUAUAUGGGGUUCAUUCAUUUGGAAUUCAUGGUUGAAACAGUAUCUUCCAGAUGAUAAUACUGGUAGUAAAAUUCUUGUUACUUGUCGUAUGCAAAAUGUGGUUUUAGAAAUAAGUGCUCCUGUUUCCAUCCAUAAUUUGCAGUUUCUUGGUCAGAAUGAAAGUUGGAAUUUAUUUGUGUGUAAAGUUUUUGCUCCCAAUGAAAGCUGUCCUAGAGAGCUAAUGGAAUUAGGCAGUGAAAUUGUUGGAAGAAGCAAGGGACUGCCCCUUGCAAUUGUAGUUUUGGCUGGAGUAGCAAAGAAAGAUAAGACGCCAGAGUGGUGGACUUAUAUUGUCCAAAAUAUUGGUUCAUGUAUACAUGGUGAAGAGGGACAGUUCAUAGAUAUUUUAGCAUCAAGUUAUGAGCACUUGCCUAAUCACCUAAAAUCCUGCUUUCUUCAUAUUGCAUCAUUUCCACAAAACUAUAAAAUCCCAGUGAAGAAGUUAGUGUGGUCGUGGAUUGCAGAGGGAUUUAUAAAGGACACUAGAGAAGAGAAACUAGAAGAUGUGGCAGAGGAUUAUCUGAGAGAUCUUGUUGAUAGAAAAAGGCAAAGAUAG